UGGACCUUUGUUCAAUAUCUACCAUGAAAUCCCAAGAAGACUCUUCUUCGAAUUCUCGAUUUACUUAUCAUGUGUUCUUGAGCUUCAGAGGUGAAGACACUCGCAAGGCUUUCUCUGACCACCUCUACACAGCUUUGGUCCAUGCUGGAUUCCGCACCUUCAGAGAUGAGGAUGGAUUAGAAAGAGGAGAAGAUAUCAAGUUUGAACUGGAGAAAGCAAUCCGAGAGUCGAGGAUGUCGAUAAUUGUCUUCUCAAAGAGCUAUGCAACAUCGACUUGGUGCCUUGAGGAGCUAGUGAUGAUCCUAAAACGCAGGACUUCUGGACAUGCAGUCCUCCCUGUCUUCUAUGAUGUGGAUCCAUCUGACUUGAGGAAGCAAAGUAGCUUCGAAGAAGCGUUUGCAAGGCAUGGAGAGCAACUCAAAUCAGAAACAGGAGAACGAAAAGAGGAAUUGAAGGAAAAAAUAGGAACAUGGAGGGCUGCACUUAGAGAAGUUGCAGAUGUGACCGGGAUGAACUUGAAAAAUCAAGCUGAUGGGCACGAGGCAAGAUUUAUCCAGAAAAUUAUAAAAGUCGUUGAAGAUAAAUUAAGUUGCACAACCUUGGAUAUUGACCGCCACUUGGUUGGAAUAAAUUCACGAGUCAAAAACAUUCAGCAAUGGUUAGAAGAUGGGGCAACUAAGAUUGGCAUAGUUGCAAUUUGUGGAAUGGGUGGAAUAGGCAAGACGACCAUUGCAAAAUUUCUGUACAAUUUGAACUCUCCAAGAUUCGAAGGCAGCAGUUAUCUUGAAAAUGUAAGGGAAAUUUCCCAGCGAAAAAAUGGCUUACUUCGUCUACAAAGACAAAUUUAUUCAGAUAUUUUGAAGGGAAGAAAAGUAAGACUAAACAGUAUUGCUGAAGGAACAACUAAGAUUAUGGAAGCCAUAUAUUACAAAAAAGUUUUUGUAGUUCUUGAUGAUGUGGAUAGACUUGACCAAUUAAAUGCAAUACUUGGAAUGCGAGAUUGGCUUUUUUCAGGGAGUAAAAUUAUCAUAACCACGAGGCGUGAGCAAUUACUACGGGCUAAUAAAUUCUCUAAGGUGUGUUGGGUUGAAAAUCUGGGUGAUGAGGAAUCCUUAGAGCUCUUUAGCUGGCAUGCCUUUGGAAAAUGUUGUCCAAACAAUGGAUAUGAAGAGGUCUCAGAAAGAGUCGUACGCUACUGUGGAGGGCUUCCAUUAGCACUUAAAGUUCUAGGCUCUUCCCUAUCAGGGCAAUGCUUAAAUGUAUGGAAAAGUCAAUUAGACAAAUUAAAAACAUUUCCCGAAGGUGAAAUCCUUGAAAAACUCAGAAUAAGCUAUGAUUCUUUGCAAGAUAUCCACGACAAAAAUCUAUUUAUCUAUCUUGCUUGUUUUUUUGUUGGAAGAAAGAAGGAUUUUGCAAUUACGAUCUUAGAUGGAUGUGAGUUUUCUACAGUGGUUGGGAUUCAAAACCUCAUGGACAGAUGUCUGAUAUCAAUUGAUAAAAGUAAUAAUGUAGUGAUGCAUCAUUUGCUUCAAGAAAUGGCGAGAGAAAUUGCUUGCCAAGAGUCGCCCAAGGAGCCAGGCAAACGUAGCAUCCUCUGGAAUCAUAAGGAUUCCUUUAAUAUUUUGCGAGACAACACUGAAGAUAAAUGUGUGAGUCCAGUCUUUGGUGCCAGCAGAAAACGACGCUUUGAAAAGUUUCUUGAGAAGCCCAUAUUGUCAGAUUUGGGUUGUUCGCUGAAAAGAUUUGGUUUCAACAUGUUCUCCUCUAACCUCGAAGCCACAAAAAAUACAAAUCCAUUUGUUUUGGAAGCUGAUGCAUUUGGAAGGAUGCGCAAACUCAAGCUUCUGCAGCUCAAUCAUGUACAUAUUAGUGGACCCUAUGAAAAGCUUCCCAAAGGAUUAAAAUGGUUGUGUUGGCAUGGAUUUCCACUUAAGUCCAUACCUAGUGAUUUCCCUUUGGAAAGCCUGGUUGCUCUAGACAUGCGCUAUAGCAGCUUGAAAAAUGUAUGGGAAGGAACAAAGUUUCUAGUGCUAUUAAAAUUCCUCAAUUUGAGUGAUUCCCCUAACCUUACCAAAACUCCCGAUUUUUCGAAAAUCCCCAAUCUCGAGAGAUUGAUGCUUAAGAAUUGUGCAAGUUUGGUUAAGGUUCAUGAAUCCAUUGGAUGCCUCGAGAGACUUGUUUUGCUGAAUUUGAAAGACUGUAACAAUUUGAGGAAGCUUCCGAGAAGCAUUGGUAUGCUAAAACUUUUGGAAAAGCUUGUCAUCUCUGGUUGUUCAAAACUUGAGGAAUUGCCAACAAACGUGGGAAAUUUGGAAUCUCUAACUGUGCUUAAGGUAGAUAGAAUUGCCUUAAAUGAAUCUCUCUCUACCAACGGGCAGGUUAACACUAUGCAACCUUUCAUUCGGCAUUGGCUAUUGAAGCCAAGAAGAAGUCCAGAUAUCUCAUGGACUUCUUUACCACGGUCGUUGGUUGAACUAAGUCUUGCGGGCUGCAAUCUUUCUGACAAUGCUUUUCCCACAGAUCUUAGGAACCUAUGCUCGUUGAAGACUUUAGAUAUCUGUUGUAAUCCAGUUUCGGGCCUCCCAGAUUUCAUUAGAGAUCUUACAUUGCUCGAGAAACUUAGCAUAGCAGAGUGUCCAAGGCUCCGGAAACUUGUCGGGCUCCCGCUAGUACGAUCACUGUAUCUUGGAAGUAAUAAACUGCUGGAGGAAGUAACGUUUGGAAGCUUUCCCGGUCCAAAAACUACUUGUCAUUUGGAUACAUGGGACCAUGAAGGUAAGACCGUGGGCAUUUUCAAAUUAGAACCCAUAGGAAAUGUAGCAGCUGAUAUUACAAAAAGUUUGGGGUUAACGAACUUGGAAUCCAUGGGAAACGCAAUUGUAAAGCUAUCGUCAUGGUGUGGCAAGGAAAAACAGGCGCUUCCGAUCCAGGUGCUCUCUCUCUCUCUCUCUCUCUCUCUCUCUCUCUCUGUGUUUGUGUGUGGAUGUCAUGGAACAUAUAUAUUCUCUGCUUAUUUUCCUGGUAGCAAGGUUCCACUAUGGUUCAAUUUUAACAAUCUUGGAUCCUCGUGUAAUUUUACUGUGCCUUCGAAUCUUGAUUCUAGAAUUCGAGGCUUGAGUGUUUGUUCUGUGUAUGAACUGUUCGGUGCUCCGCCCGAGUAUUAUUGGAAACAGGACACACAUACUUUCUUAAGUAAUAAAACGAAGGGUUUGAUUUGGAUCCAUUGCCCAGAGGUCUUUGGAUUUGGAGAAGCUGGAGAGGAUAUCAUGUGGUUAAGUUACUGGAAGUUCGGAAAACAGUUACUGGAAGCUGGUGACGAAGUCGAUGUUUCAGUGUUUGGAGGUGCAUUUGUGCAAGUAAAGGAGGUUGGAGUUCGCCUUCUGUACAAUAAAGAACAAGAAGAGAUGAGUUCCCAAUCAGCCAAUGAAGAAAGCGUAUCCCUCUAUACAUUCGAAAAUAUCAUUCGAGGAAAUGUUUCUGCACAUGAGGGGAGGACGAGGUUGUACCAACUCGGCAAGCAUGUUAAUGGACAUCUCUGUGUGUAUUGCCGACGUCUAUACCCUCAACCUUGGAUCCCUGCCACUCCUUAUGACGAUAGUGAUUUCGUUGAAUGUCCGGCUUCAAAAAGGUUGGCGCCGAAGUCGUAUUAUUAUGUUUCUGAUUAG